CGCUGAAGGUGUGAUAACGCGAGAACUCGACGGGCACUUGUUGCAAGAAACAAAUCAAUGCCAAAGGUCUUGCAUGAAAAAUCGGUGAUUGGCCAUAUUAUUUGUCAACAAACUUGACCCAAACCUUGUGCGAUGACAGAUGUAAGACAGAGGACUGUCAACUCAUCAGAAACGACUAAAUCUGAGACUAAUAAUGCCAAAGAUCAAUCAGAUGAAGAAGAUGAUUUGGCACCAGGGGAGACAACUGACCCGUCAACCAUACCACAGGGUACAGAAAAAACACCUGAUGUUUUAGAUGGGGCAUUGAAAGAUAUCAAUCCAAGAUGGAGAAAUUGGAUAAUAAGAGGUAUUUUUACAUGGGUUAUGAUAUUUGCAUUUGGUUUUGUCAUCUAUAUGGGCCCAUUAGCUUUAGUAUUAUUGGUUAUGGCUAUACAGAUCAAAUGUUUCCAUGAGAUCAUCCUUAUAGGAUAUAUAGUCUACAGAUCCUAUGAUUUACCAUGGUUCAGAACAUUAAGUUGGUAUUUCCUCUUCGCAUCCAAUUAUUUUUUCUAUGGUGAGAGCUUGGCGGCAUAUUUUGGUGUAUUGUUAUCCAGAGCUGAGUUCUUGAUGCCAUUUUUCACAUAUCAUCGCUUUAUAUCCUUCUCGCUAUAUGUGGCUGGUUUGGUGGCAUUUGUGUUUAGUUUAGUGAAGAAACACUAUCUCAAACAGUUCACAUUGUUUGGUUGGACACAUGUAACUCUGCUUAUUGUUGUGACACAGUCCCAUCUUAUUAUACAGAAUAUAUUUGAAGGAUUGAUAUGGUUGUUGGUUCCUGUCUCAAUGAUUAUCUGUAAUGACAUCAUGGCCUACAUGUUUGGUUUCUUCUUUGGCAAAACGCCACUCAUUCAACUAUCACCAAAGAAAACAUGGGAAGGCUUUAUUGGGGGUGCAUUAUCAACUAUUGUCUUUGGUAUUGUGCUCUCAUAUGGUCUAGUUCAGUUUGAUUUCUUUGUGUGUCCACUAAGGUAUGAUGAUAUUAAAGAAGCUCUGUCAAUGGAUUGCGAGAGGCAUCCAGUAUUCAAAGUAACUGAGUACAACCUACCAGAAACGCUACAAGGUUUAUUUAGAAUAGUGGGAAUACCAUGGACUAUUAUGAAAAUAUAUCCUUUUAUUCUUCAUUCAAUUUGUAUGGCAAUUUUUGCAUCAGUCAUUGGACCAUUUGGUGGAUUUUUUGCCAGUGGGUUUAAGAGAGCCUUUAAAAUCAAGGAUUUUGGUGACACAAUACCAGGGCAUGGAGGUAUAAUGGACAGAUUUGAUUGUCAGUUUCUCAUGGCAACAUUCAUUCAUGUUUAUUAUUCAAGUUUUAUAAGAGUUCCAAAUCCUACAAAAUUGGUGCAGCAUGUGUUUACAUUAAAACCAGAGGAACAAAUCCAAGUUUUUUACAUGUUACGGGACAGAUUAUUGGCCAAGGGUAUCUUGAAUGGCACAGAUUCCUGAAGAUAAUUUAUAGUUUUAAUGGGUAUAUUAUGUGUGUAAACCACAUGCUUCUUAAUCUCAGAUUUUAGAAUUUUUGUCCAUAUAUAUAACGGUUUAAUCAAUAUUUUCUUAAUUCUCUCAAAUUUGUGAAUACCGGUAGACAUAGAUGUUGAAGUCAUGGUGUGCAAUUUAGUGAUUGAUCAUAUUUUGUAAGUUCCAAUAACAAUGUGUGUGGUUGUAGGUAAGCAACUUGAUUAGUCUAUAUAUUAAUUUAGAAAUUGAGACUUAAAAAAAGAUUAAAAUUAUUUAAAGUAGCUAAGUCCGUAACUCAAUAUCAUCCAAUUUGCAAUUUAAAUCAACAUUGGUGUUGUGAUCUUACCUGGAAAAGAUGGGCUUCUGAUAUCCAAUAUUUAAGACAAAAUAAACAUUUUACCAUUGGUACACGAAUCGCGUACCAUAAUGCGUUUCGGCGCCAUUUGUAACAAGGUGCUCAAAGAAUGAGGCUAGACAUAUUCCACAAGUCAUGUCAAACGGUGAUAUCAUAUUCUUAUUUGGAGAGCAUGCGCAAUAAAUAAUAUCGGUGUUGACUGGAAUAACCAGACGCUAGAAACUGACUUGCGGUUGAGACUUCUGGCGUAUUUCGCCGAACAUAACUGAUGACAAUUCACAGUAAAAAGGACAAGAUUGAAUGUAAAACAGUUUAUAUAAAUUCAUAUUACAUUAUUAUAUGUGUUGCGACCCAUUUGUGCCAAUUUCUAGAUCACAAAAUAUUGGCGAUUUAGCUCCUUUAAAGCAGUUUUAAAUCUUUGCUGCUUAAUUACAUUCAAAUUGGGGUUAACCCAACAAAUGUUAUUAUAAUGACCAAUAUAUAUUACUACCUUUGAGCUAGUGAAGGAUCACAAAUACAAUAUUUGAAUUUAAUUCAACCAACUGAGCAAAAUUGUUUACAUGACUAUAUUGAAUGAAAUUUAUUAUCUGCAUGUACAUGGUCUAUAUAUUGCUUUAAGUGGAUCUCAGACUGUACCUGUUGAAUGUAUAAUAUUAUGCUAUACCAUUUAGCAAUAUCAGUGCAUGGGUUAUCAAAAUGUAAAUUAUUCAUAUUGUUUGCAUAAUAUAAUAAACUAAUGUGUGAAUGGAAGAAGAAUGGAAAUAUAAAUCUAUACAUAGUCAAUAUUCUCUUGUAUUAGAUCUUGUAUUUAUGUAGUAGUAACUAAGUUGUAAGAAGAUCUUUAAUACACAUAUAAGAUCUUAAAGAUGAUAAACAUCUUUGAUAUACAUUUAAAUAAAAUCUUGACUUGGGGUUGAUCUGAUGUGUUAUUUUGAUUAGAGAUAGGACCAAAUCUAUAUAAAUGUGUUUUUGUUUUGAAAGAAGAUUAACUAAUUGAAGUUUUGUGCUGGGUUCAGUAAUUUCUCGACAAUUGGAGUGUCUCUGGACCUGAAAAUAUAUAUGUAUCAGAUACCCGCUUUCCAAAACAAAUCAACACAUCAGAUUUAAUCAAAUGCACAAUUUUAUUUUUUUCCGAGAUGAUAUAGAUCUAGCUGUUUUAGAAAGUAAAAAGAUAUUUAAUAAUUACCUCUAGAGACAAUCUCAUAUAAAUUGUUUGUAUGAGAAGAAUAUCACCUUCAUUCUAUUCCAUUUGCCAAACUAGUAAGUUAUUGGCUUUAAGAGCAGUGGGUGGAAUUAUUUUUAUUUUUUAAUGUAAAUCUUAAACUUUGUGUGAUCAGUAAGAAAGUCUAAGUAACAUACUGGUAUAUUAGAUUAUGAACCUCCGCCCAUGGACUCAGUUAUCUAGUCAAAGCUGGUUUAUAUAUCUUUUGAUAAAUAACCAUACAUUCAAACCAGAUUAAGAAUUUAAAUAUUAUGAUCUGUUCACAAAAAAGAUUUAUAAUGUCAGAUAAUUUUUGCUACUUAUAAUAUGUUGGUAUGUGAAGCUCAAUUUGGUUUUUAAGCUUAAUGUUAUUAUUUUAUAUUUUAAAGAAAUGUCCAAGUAUGAAAUGAUAGUAAUAUUUCUAUUGAGUGUGAUGUUAUUAAAUGUACACGGGUGUAUGAACGAAUGGUGAUUUUUUAAUACAAUUUUUGUUUACACGAUUUUAAAAAUUAUUAUGUUUAAUAAUGUUGAUUUGGCAUAUUUUUCACAUAUAUUUUUUUUUUCUUUUUCACUUCCAUUAUUAUAUAUAUGUAUUGUUUUUCUCUUCUAAAGAUGCCAAUAUAGGAAAGAUGUUCACAAUUUCAAAAUCUUAAGUAUAGAAAAAUGGAGUUAUAUAGCGCUGAGUCAUGUGAUAAAAAUCUGUUUUUUGAUAAAACUGAUUUGCAUUACAAUUUUGAAAACAAAAAAUAUUAUCCUUGUACCAGUACGGUUGCAAUUAUCUUGAAGGAGCAAACAACAAAUAAAAUGAUUAUGAAAAUAUGUUGGUCUGAAUAUCAGUUUUAGAUAUGACCGCUUCAAUUACAAAACCACAAAAAAUGAUCCUGUUACGAUCUGUUAGAAGUAACAUCAGUAGCAAAAUGAAAACUCUCCUAAAGGCACUAAACCUUUUUGAUUUACGUCGCAAUAAAGUAUUGAAUUGGGUUAAUAAGAUGGAUUAUUUCAAUCAUUGAUGGGGAAAGUUCUAUCAAAUUAAGAUUAUGCAGAAGUCAGCUUUGUUAAAGUUUUAGUUACUAUGAAAACAAAUAGAUUAUAUCUCAAUAGACUGAAUAUUUUCAAUGAAGAUAGGUUGUCUUCCAUCAAAACAAAUCAAUAUGUAAAAUGCAUUGAAUUUGACAUUUUAAUUUUUGACCCUAGUCAGGGCGUUGAUCUACUUUGUAAACUCUAGACUUUUUUGAUUUAAGUCAAAUAAUAAAAGUACAUUUUUAGCAUUGCGCUGCAUAAAGUCUGGAGUGAGAGUACCUCUAUAACAUCUGGUGAGAGUUUAUUCCAAAAUGUUGCCCAAAUAAUUUUAAUUUAGCAUUAGCCAAUCCUAGUAUUCCACCAGGAUGAUAUUUUUGGCACAAAUUCCGAUAGUUGACUUGGUGCGGUUGUUGGUAGCAUGUAAGUGAUUGAGAGUUUUAAAUUUCGUAUGAGUCGCAACUUGGAACUGUGAAGUUCAUCUGGUGUAAUAGUAAAGGGAAAAAUGCAAAUAGUUUAAUUUUUUGUUUUCGAAAUAUCAAGCCACAACUUUAUUUCCCCCCCCCCCCCCCCUGAAGAGGUUGACACAUUUUAAUUUGUUCAUUAAGGCUAGAAUGGUUUUCAUCAGUACAAAAAUUAUAUUAAGAAUAAAUUAUUAUUAAUAAGUUCACGGUAGGUUUCAUUUAGAUACACAUGCAGUGUUUUCUCUUAUCUUUAUGAUUCUGAUAUAAUUAAUACAUAUAAUGAUCAUACAGGUACAUAUAACCCUAACAAUAAAACCAUUAUGCGGUUCAUAUAACUACAGCUAAUCUGUUGAUACAUAUAAGAGAUACUCAUCUAGUGUUGUUAAUAUGUAUAAUAAUAUAGAUAAUAUAUUGAGUGUUAUAUUAGUUACAGUAGUAUGUAUUGUAGAUAUAUCUAUAUUAACUUUAUUGUUAUAUAUUUAUUGUUCUAUUCAGUAGUACUAAUACUGUAUUGUGAUCAUCUAUGUUGGCAUAUUUUGUGAAUUAAAUUGUAAUAUUUA